AAUGACGCUCUUCUCCGUUACCAAGGCAUUCUCAAGGCAAACACUAGCUGGAAAGCUAGGCUAGCCAAUCUGCCAGAUAAUCUUAUAGCUAUGAUUUAACCCGGUUUAGCCUCCUCACUGAGUUGAGCUAUUACUACAAAAUAGUUUAGUAGAACCCUCGACUCCACCACCUUUCCGUUUGCUUCUAGUCUGUUUGCUGCGUGGCCUACAUUAUAGGCUGAAACACCCAUUUCUCUUUUUAUCACCAGUCUACAAGCUAAGCUAGUAACGUUAACAUUAGCUGCACAGCCACCAUGGCUGAAUUUGGGUUCAAUGAACAGCAUCAAAAUGAAGUCAUCAAUUACAUGCGAUUUGCACGUUCAAAGAGGGUCCUGAGACUAAAGACUAUUGACUCCUGCUUCGAGGAACUCAAAGAUAGCAGGCUGGUGGAGGAAACCUUCACAGUGGACGAGGUGAAGGAGAUGCUGGAUGGGCUGCAGGUGGUGGUGCGUGGGGAGGUGGAGAUGGAGCUGAUCAACACAGCCCACACCAACGUGCUGCUGCUCAGGCAGCUCUUCUCACAGGCCGAGAAGUUUUACCUCCGACUGCAGAGUGAUAUCUCAGAGCUGGAGAACAGGGAUCUGUUAGAACAAGUGGCUGAAUUUGAGAAGACUGACUUUAAAACCCCUGAUAAGAAAAACCAAGAAACAAGCAAACCUAAGCUAGCACCACUCAAUGAAGGUGGGGUGUCUGAACUUCUCAACAAGGAGAUAGCCAGACUACAGGAGGAAAAUGAUAAACUGAAAACCAGGCUGCGGACUUUAGAAUCCCAGGCAACGAGUGCACUGGAUGACAGAAGCAAGGCAGAGAGAGCUCUGAAAGACCUUCAGAAGGUGCAAGGUGAACAGCAGUUUGCUGCUCGAUCCCAGGAGAUCGGUAGUCUGGAGGACACCGUGGCUGCUCUGAAGGUGGACUACGAAAAGUCUCUUAGUGCCAACUCUGUGUCCCAUAAGAGUUUGCAGGAGAACCUGAUCUCUGCCAAACACGACCUGCUGCGAGUGCAGGAGCAGCUGUCCCUGGCAGAGAAGGAGUUGGACAAGAAGUUCCAGCAAACUGCAGCCUACCGCAACAUGAAGGAGAUCCUGACCAAGAAAAAUGAGCAGAUCAAAGAAAUCAGAAAACGAUUGCAGAGAUAUGAGCCCAGUGAAUGAGUCCAGAGGAUAAGACAGGACCAACAUGUUUGAAUGUGUUUCAGAGAAGAAACCAUCCGUUCCACUGCUGGAAGACGAGAGACGGAAAAAAGCCUUUCCACGAGGAAUCGCUCUAUCCAUGCUUAAUCCGGCAUCUUCAGUAGUUAGUGAAUAGUGUGAGCAGGAAGGUUGGCAGCACAACUCCUCACACCAAUAAGGUCCUGAUAAAUGAUAGCCUUCUUCAGCUGUGCUUUUUUUCUACGUCUCAGUUUUAGGAGCUCACUUACAGUUGCUAGCAGACUUCCCUCAGCGCUCUAUGCAAUUUCUACCACAUCCCUGUUUGAAGAGGCCUUGUCCAUUUGCUGAAUUCGACAGUUGCUCACUGUCUGCCUGAAGCGUUGCAGUCUUAUCUUUCAGAUGGUUAAAGGUGAUGUUUAGCUUUCUAGCACAGGGUAAUUGAUCAAUAUUUGCUGAUUAGGUUUAAUUAUAGCAGCCCAAUUUGUAGUUCAGUGAAAUCAGUGUUCGGCUAAACCCAAGCCAGUUUGUUUAUUGAUAGUGACCACCUUCAAAGUAAUGUCACAGGCCCCACUUGGUCACCCCUGCUUUAAUUUAUUACCUAAUGACUUUAAUUGCAUUUCACUCAAAAGUAUUUUCAAUGAUCUGACAUUCUGUGAAAAGUCUGAUUAUCGAGAAUAAACCAAAAUGUCCUGCAUUUAUUUGUUCUGCUCUUGCAUAUUGAAUGAUGUGGAUAGUGAUCUAGAAUGAUUUCCCCUACUUCCCUGCACAAAGGCCAUAGAAUAUUUUUGUCUCUUUAGCUGUGUACUUUUCGUAUUGCUGUGGGUGAUGGAAUGUAAGAGAAAAAUAAUGAAUAUUUACAUGAUGUUCAUGAAGUAAUGCUCUUGUAGAGUAUAAUACAUCCCCCCAAAACUACACUAGAUGUGCAUUUGUUUGUAUUGUGCAAAGUAUGGGGUAAUAAAAGCUGUUAACAAAUA